AAUGAGAAGAGCUACAUAUACUUUCAUCAGUUUUCUUGAUACACGAGAUAUUAUCAAAGGCUGAUUAAUUUCAGUAUAAUUUACCUAUGUUAUUUUCAUUGUUUGAUAUUGUAUUCGAUUAUAAUAUGCAAUGAAGAGGAAUCCAUUCAAUAUAUUAAUAAACCACGCCGUGAUUGAUUUAUUUUAUGCAAUGAGCAAUGAACUUUGGUAAAUACGACAGCUGCUGUAACAUGGACCGAAUCAUUUCCAGGUUCCACACGUGGUAAUAUUCCACUUCCAUAACAGGAAUUAUUGAUCAACAAAUUAGACUGUUUAAGAUGUUAUUAACACGUUUCAAUUCAGAUAUAGCCUUAUGAAGAAGUAGCUCAACAAAAAUGUACGUAUGAAUGGAUUUGACUUCGGCUAUUGUCAAUGAUUAAAGUGAUAUUGACUAGAAGUAGAAAGAUGUUAUUAUACUUACUUACUUAUUGAUCUAUGAAUAUAGACGUGAUUAUUUUGUUACGGACAUUCUUGCUUAGACACGAUUCCAACGAGGACAGAAAAGCAUUAGUGAUGAUGGUUUAAAUGGAACAUAAAUGUCGCUGAACACGUUUGAUUUUUAAGUAAUGACUUAAUCGGAAUAAGUUUAUCCAAAGCACUGUUACGUUCCCAUCUUAAUGAUGAAUAUUAUCAGUGAUAAUAAGACUAAGCUUUUAACUGUGGAUACUUCUGAUGAUGAAGACGAUUUAAUUCACGAUGGGAAAAGACGGGGAUCUAAUGUGUCUUUAUCUCGAUUUAGAUCAUGUCCACAAUUACUUGAUGAAGUCGAAAAUCAACAAAGAAGUCAGAGGUUUGAACACACAACUGAUGAUAGUUGUACACAUAAACUGAAACAGUUAUCGCCGUUUUCGCCUAUCGGGGAUACAAAGUUUUUUGAACCGAAUGGUCGCGUUGGAUCGGACACACCAACUCCUCCAUCUUCUCCUAAAAGCAGGAAAAGUUUACUCUCUCUCAGAGAGUCACAAUCUACGGGUGCUAAUCAGUCGCCUACUUCAACACCCCGAUUGUUACGGAGAAGCUACAUACAACGGUCAUCGUUAAGUAGAGGAUCGUCCGCUGAUAGUCCCAGUGGCAGCCGAACAAACUCGAUCAGUCUGACUGAAGAAAAUAUUCGCCACCAUGAAGUAAAUGCGGAUUUAUCUCAAAUGAUUAUUGCUCAUCCAGAUAAAAAGCUCGACUCAAAAGCAUCAAUCAAACAUAAACAUAUCCAUGGACAUUCGGACGAUACUCAGAUGAAAUGUGAACAAUGGCUACAAACUUUGAAUGUUUCAAAACCGGAAAAAAUUAAAUCAAGAAGCCAUAUACAGCUGCCACCUAUUUAGGAAUAUUUUUACGAUUUAAAGUGGUUUAUGUAUUGUCUAUAAAAGACAUAUACUAAUUAUAUUUUCUUGCAAAUGAGUAUUCACAUUUUGUAAAGAAUAAGCAAAAAAAAUGGAGGCAAGUAUUUUAACAGUUCAUUAUAUCAUUUAUUUAUUCAAAGUUUUUUUCAGUGUAAGACUAUUCAUGGACAUUUGAUUUAGUAUUUUGUUUGUCAAAGCUGUGCUAUUACAAAGUGUGCCUUUAAAUAUGAAAUAAUCUUGAGGCCGUCCUCUGUACUAUUUCAAAGCAAUUGUUUGCCACUGUGUGUUUUUGAGUCAAAGAUUGGUUGAUUGUUGACCAUUACUUCACAAAUUAGUCAUCAAAUUUUUCAAUUUUGUCAGUUUGGUCUGAAAAAAACCAUGCACUGUAUAAGCUCCACUAAAUGUUAAAAAUUAAACCGUUAUAACCGGUUUCGUUAAAAAGGGCGUUGUUUUACCUAGUACCAUGAAUGAACAUUUGAAAUAAAAAUCAUGUUCAUAGUAAAUCUGUACCUUAGGCUACGUUGACCUCUGAUGAUUAUGUCUAAAUUGUUAAUGUUCUCAAAUACUAUAUAUUUUGCCAACAAAUGCAAGUAAUCCGGAGGGGAAAGCAGUUUGUGCUCCAAAUAUGUCAGUAUUUAAAAAGAUAUUUUUUAUAAUUGAAUUCUAUUAACUGGUUUUAUGUUUAAUGAAAAUAGAUUCACUUUAAGAACAACAAACACAUUUCAAUUAUCUUUAUUGAACACAUAAAAAUAUUAUAAAAACAUUUAAAAUGUAAAAACUGAAAACUGCAGUUAUUAUACAAGUUUCGAUAUUCUUAUAACCGGGCGAUUUUGUUAAUCCGUCUAUCUAACCUUUUAUAUUUCUUUGUGUUUAAUUAAUUCUAUUGUUAAAUAUAUGUUUGUCUUGAUGGAAAUCACUCUGACCAUGACAAGUUAAUCCGUUGGACACUAAUCCUUUUCUAUAGAUACUGUUUUUUAUAUAUGCUUGUGUAUGUCAUUUUGUAGCCAGUUUAGGUCUUAGGUCUGGUACUGUCCGGACCUUGCUAAUAAAGUUUAAAGUAUUGGUAUUCCGUCUUUGAAUUACUAUAACACGGAAAUCGCCCGGUUAUAUUCUUGUCAAACUUAUUUCAGUUGUGUUAUAGAUAUAGGCGUUCAAUCCUUCUAACUUUCUUUAAAAAAAAAUCAAGUCAAUCGCUAGAGUUAUAUGUUAGAUUUAUUUAUUAUCGCUCUGAUCGUGCUUCAUUCUGAUGAAUCAUGCUUUAUACUGAUGAAGCUAUUCUAGAAAAGAGCUGCAGAUGAACCAAAUUUUCAAUUGGUUAUUUUCAAUUAUCAAUUAUAUUUUGCGAUGGGUUUUAGUUCUCUAUAGAAGAUGAAUUUAACUGCAGCUGCGUCUUUUUUUAGAAUAAGAAAAGAAUUCACCCUUCGAAUAAGCAUAGAAAAACUACACCAACAUUGCAAAACAUAUACACAUAUAGUAUUUUCUUUAAACUAGCGGGUAGCCACUCUUUUUUACAAUUUGUGUAUGCUACUAGUGUAAAUUGUUAAUCAAAACUAAAUGAAAUGUGUAUAAACUGUAAAAAUAAAUGGAAAAUAAUCGA